AUGCUGCUCGGUGUGCUCCUGUAUUCGCUUGUAGCACAAGUCUUCGGUGGAUCGGUGAUAGGCUUCAGGUUGAAUCGUUUCGGUGAAGCUCUACAAGUACGCGAGCAUGAAACGGUGCCGCUGGAGAUUUUCGGGUCGGACUUCACUUCUGAUACUCGAGUGUCCUUCACGGUCGAACGAAUAUCCGAAGACGCCUCCUGUACCGCGACUUUCCGUCCCUUAAGCCAGACGUUCGUGGACUCCAACGUACUGAAGAUCCUUAUUCGAGGGCCUCCCGCAUCAUCCAAUGGAACUGUUGCGUACUUCUGCAUCACAAGCGGGAACACCAGUCGAUGGGUCCACCAAGGUCAAGCUCUCCAUUUCCAUAUAAUCCCAGAAGAAAGCGAGCUACCACCGGCGCUCCUUGCGAUCGCUGCCUCGGUGCUACUUCUGACAUCGGGCCUGUUUUCGGGGCUUACUCUCGGUCUCCUCAAUCUCAAUAUGGAUGAACUCCAGGUCAUAAAGACGUGUGGCACCAAAGACGAACGAGCCCAUGCUUCGAGAAUUAUCCCCUUCCGUCGGAGAGGCAACUAUCUGUUAUGUUCCCUCGUGUUGGGAAACGUCUUCGUGAACAACUUGUUCACCAUUUAUGUAGAGUCGAAAUUGCCGGACGGAUUGGGACUGACGCUGGCAACCCUUGGUAUUGUCGUCUUCGGCGAAAUACUGCCUCAAGCUAUCUGUUCACGGUACGGCCUGGCCAUCGGAGCGAGAACUUCGCUCAUCACUCGUUUCAUUAUGGUGAUAACAUUCCCGCUCUCGUAUCCGAUUUCGGUGGCCUUGGAUGGAGUUCUCGGGAAAGAGGUUCCUUCGAUCUUCAACCGAGCGAAACUGACCGAAUACCUCCGCGUUGUUCGUACCGAGAAUAUCGAACAGGAUGAAAUGAACAUCAUCUUCGGGGCUCUUGAUCUGACUCGGAAAACCGCUCAGGACGUCAUGACCAGGAUAGGGGACGUUUUUAUGCUACCCAUCGAUGCAAAGCUGGAUUUCGGUACCAUAGCUGAGAUAGUCCGACGAGGGUAUACAAGAGUUCCGAUAUUUGAGGGAGACCGUCAAAAUAUCGUCGGGAUCCUCCACACGAAAGAUCUCGCUCUGGUUUCUCCGGCAGAUUCUCUCCCGUUAAAGGUCCUCACGAGCUUCCACAAACAUCCAGUUUGCUUCGCAUUCACCGAUGACCCGAUUGGUUCGAUGCUGACUGAAUUCCGAAAAGGUCGUUCGCACCUAGUCUUGAUCCGUGCGAUAAUCCAGAGCGUCGAUCGAGACCCGCUCUAUAGACUGGUCGGAAUAGUCACUCUCGAAGACGUCAUUGAAGAAAUCAUUCAGGCAGAAAUCCACGACGAAACGGAUACUUUCACCGACAAUCGACGCCAUCUCCGCCGAGCCAGUACUCAGGUCAUGGGCGAUUUCGAGGAUUUCCUUCGAGUCAAAUGCCGGGCGAUCGAAAUUUCUCCUCAUAUGACGUUCGCAGCGUACCAAUAUCUGGUGGCAGCUGUGCCCGAAUUCAGUGAGGAAAAACUUAAGCUUUCUAUCCUGCGGAAGAUGAUGCCAUCCGGAGGCCUUUACGUCUUUGCUAAGCACGGCCAAGUGAUCUCACGCAAAGGAGAGAAACAGGAUGCUUUCAUAUUGAUCCUUGAAGGAAGAGUGCAGGUGACCAUGGGGGAAGACAGUCUCCAAUUCGAAUCGGGUCCGUUCGCCUAUUUCGGCAUCCGCGCUCUUCGCUCUCUCGACAACCCCGCGCGCGAUUUGUUCUCGCCAGACUACACAAUCAUCGUGAGCUCCGAAACCGUGGUUUUCUUGAAGAUCAGUCGCCAACUCUACAAGAAAGCUGUGCGGCUCUCGGGGGACAUCCGCUAG